AUGGCUCUCAAACAACAUUUCCUCGACACGGGCUUCACCAAUUCUCUUGCUGUUACGUCUCUCUUUAUUCGCGGUUCUGGUGCUAAUAUAACAUAUGUUCUGGUCUACGUCGAUGAUAUUAUUGUCACUGGCAAUAACUCGUUCGUUGUUGCAUCCGUCCUAGACUCAUUCUCUCGCCGCUUCUCCACCAAAGACCCCACGGAUCUCCAUUACUUUCCUGGCAUUGAAGUGUCACGGACGUCACACGGUCUACACCUUAUGCACCGUAAGUACAUCAUGGAUCUCCUCCACAAGAAUAAUAUGCACAUGGCAAAACCGGUUCCCACACCUCUACCACCUUCACCAAAGCUCACCAUGGCCUCGGGUACGCCACUCCAAGAUGCCUCUCAAUACAGGUCGGUUGUUGGUAGUCUUCAGUAUCUCUCAUUUAAUCGACCUAACAUAUCAUAUGCCGUUAACCGCCUUUCUCAAUUUAUGCAUCGGCCAACCACUGAUCAUUGGCAAGCCGCCAAACGUGUCCUUAGUUACCUUGUUGGUACGCCAAGUCAUGGUAUCUUCCUCCACGCGAAUUCAGCUAUUCUACUUCAUGGUUAUUCUGAUGCUGAUUGGGCAGGCGAUACUGAUGACUACGUAUCAACGAAAGGAUAUCUAAUCUACAAUGGUCGUAAUCCUUUAUCAUGGUCCUCCAAGAAGCAAAGAGGGGUUGCCCGUUCCUCUACAGAUGCUGAGUACCGAGCAGUCGCCAACACAGCUGCGGAAGUUCGAUGGCUCUGUUCGCUACUCACUGAACUCCAAAUACAACUUCCGUCCGCUCUGGUAAUAUACUGUGAUAACAUAGGGGCCACCUACUUAUGUGCAAACCCUGUCUUCCACUCGCGAAUGAGACAUAUUGGUCUUGACUAUCACUUUGUCCGGGAUCAAAUACAAGCACAACGACUCCGUGUCUCCCAUGUCUCUAUGGAUGAUCAGCUCGCCGACACUCUUACCAAACUAUUAUCACGAUCGAAGUUCCAACAAGCGUGUCUAAAGAUUGGUGUCACCAAGCUUCCUUCAUCUUGA